GAUAAACGACGCUUGUUGUAGCGGUGGAACUCGGUCUUGACAAGAUAGAAAGCAUUGAAGUUGAUAUCUCGGGUUUUCUCAUGAUUUGGCAGGUUUUAUCUAGAUUUAAAUGAAGGAAGUUGAAGUAGAGAAGAGUUGGACUCAAGAGAAGGUGAAAAAGUGAAAAAAGAGGAAUUGCAACCACCGCUCAGCGCUGACCUAGCGUUGAGCGCCAGUUUCGUAGGAGGAUUCUCUAUCAAACGCUUAAGCGCCAACGCCGAGGGGUGAACUUGAGUAUCGCACCCACUGCUGAGCGCUACCUACCAUUGAACGCUGGUUCCUUCAUUAUUUUUUCUCAUCCAAACGCUUAGGCGUCAACACUGAGCUUUGUCCUUAAGUGUCGCACCUACCGUUGAGCGGUAGCCCAACGCUGAGCGUGUUAUCAAAAUAAUGAAGAUGAUGUUUUGAUGAUGCCUAAUUCAAGUCAAGGGAUUCAAGAAGAUCUUUUGAAGACUUAUUUUUGUUAUGAAAAGUUUUUCUAAUAAUUAUAGUUUAAGGAUUAGAACUUAGAUUUUUUUUUUAGGUUUUGAUUCAUGCUCUUACAAAGUGUAUCAAUGCUGCUUCGAAUCAUAAACCUACUGUUUUAAUCGAUUAAUCGUAGUAAUAAUCGAUUAAAAACACUGCAGGAUGUUGAAAACCCAUCCAGAUUCAGAAUAAUUGAUUAAAGCAAGUUUUAAUCGAUUAGAUAAUCGAUUAAACCUGAAAAUAAUCGAUUAACACUGGCCGUUGGGGUUUUCUAGCUGUUAAAAACUAGCCAAUGUACUAUUUUUAAUCGAUUAACUCUAAUAUUAAUCGAUUAAAAACGUUAAAUGGCCAGUUUUGAAGAAUGGAAGAGUUUUUGGUUGAGUCUAUAAAUAGGCUCUCUUUAUCCAUCAUCAGUAACUCUUCCCUUGUGCUCAAAUACUCUGAACUUUGUGAAAGUUGUGUGUUCUUGCUCAGCUAAGGAAACUCUUGUCUAUGGUGCUAGUACUUUGCAACUACAGUGAUAGAGAAAUAGCUGGUUCAUCCUUGGUUAUUAUUUUCUUGAAACCUCUGUGGUGAUUUAUGGUGGAUGUUGAAACCAAGAAAGUAAUUGCUCUGUUGAUCUAUGGUGCAUGUUGAUUUUUUUCUGUGUGAUUUUUAUUUGUAAUUGUUUUGUGAUAGUAGAAAGUUAAUCUGUUUUGGAUUAGCAAGUGGACGUAGGAUUGGUAAGAUCCGAACCAAUACAAAAUCUACCUGUGCAAAUUUCUCUCUACCUUACUUUUGUUAUUUAUAUUUAUUAUUUGCUAAGUAAGAAAAUUGAGAAGAAAUUUUAAAAGGCACACAUUUUGAUUAAGAACCAAUUCACCUCCCCUCUUGGUUUAUUAUUCCACGCUAACCAUUCCGUUUCAGACGCUUUGAUAAUUGGCAUCAAAGCUUGAUUUGAUAGUUAUUCAAAUGGCAGGAUCAUAUCAAACAUUUGCAAAGGGUGCCUCGAUCAAUAGACCACCUUUAUUCAAAGGUGAAAACUAUGCAUUCUGGAAGGUUAGAAUGCAAAUUUUUAUUGAGUCUAUUGAUUGUGGUCCAUCUAUUCCUACUAACAAUUUGCAGGAACCAAAGCCCCGUGCUCAGUGGACUGGUUAUAAAAAGAAAAGAGUUCAAAAUGAUGUAAAGGCUCGAAACAUCAUUGCAUCUGCUCUAACGAUUGAUGAGUUUUAUAGGGUCUCUGUUUGUAAAACUGCUCAAGAGAUGAGGGAAAUACUGAGAGUGACUCACGAAGGAACAGAUGACGUGAAGCAAGGAGAAACAAUCUCAUAUGUUCAGAAGAGCUUCACCAACAUUGUCAAUCACCUCAUUGGACUAGGUAAGUCAUUUGAAAAUGAUGUGCUAAACAUCAAAAUUUUGAAAUCUCUAGACAAGUCGUGGCAACCGAAAGUGACUGCGAUUUCUGAGUCACAAAAUCUCAAUACAAUAACUAUGGCGACACUAUUUGGAAAAUUGAGGGAGCAUGAGCUUGACCUCGAAAGACUCGAUGAAGAAGAAGCCAAAAAUAAGAAAAAGACACUGGCUUUCAAAUGCGAAGUCGAAAGAAGCAAAAGUAGAAUAGAAGAUGAAGACUCAGAGGAUGAAGAAAAUUUGAGUCUUGUGAUCAAAAGGUUGAACAAGUUUAUGAAAUCAAGAGGUAAAGGAAGAUUUCGAUAUGAAAAGAAAGAAAACCAAGGAUCUACCUCAAAUUACCGAUGCUACGGCUGUGGAGAAAAUGGGCAUUUAAAAGCUGACUGCAUAAAUCAAUAGAAGGGUGAAGAGAAGAAGGAAAAGAAAAACUUCAAGAAAAAGAAGGUCUACAUUGCAUGGGAGGAUGACAACGAGACAAUUUCUGAUUUGAGCGAGUCUGAUGAAGAAGCCAACAUGUUUAAUGAAUGACAACAAUGCUAGCCAAGUAAUUCUAGCUAUUCAGAUAAUUAUAGUCAAUAUGGUGAAAAUGAAUUGUAUGAAACAUAUGCUACUUUAUUAAUUGAAUCUGAAAAGUUAGAUAUAGC